AAGGGUAUGUCAUCAUCAACCUCCGUCCUCAUCUCUCAUUCCGUCCAGUCUACAUGCAGAACAUACACACCUGGUCCACAAACACAAACACAAGCACCGCCCGUUCAACAAGACCCAGAAAUCGCCCCUCCAAGGCCCAGCAACAGCAGCAGCAACAGCAACAACCAGCUCAGGCAGCCCAACCCCCUCAGACGCCCCAGGUUGUCCCACCCACCCCUGCACCGGUAGUCCAACCAGCCUACGUCCCCCAACAACACUACCAACCUCAAACCGCCGCCCCUCAUGCCACCCCUGCACCACCCGCACCCAACCCUCCCAUCCCGCCCAUCCCAACAGUCCCACAGGCCCUGCACACCACCUACUCCUCCCGCCUCCGUACAGGAACAACCCUCCUCGUCCAGCCCAUCCUCUCUCAGCGUGACUACGCCGCCGCCGCCGGGCUCGGCAGCACCUUCUCCGGCCGGCCCUCGCGGCGCGGCGGAGGCACCGUCAGCUACGUCGACCCGGGCUCGGGCGACGAGCUGCCCGACGCGGGCGCGCUCGACUCGGACGACAGCGACUUUGUCGCGAGCGGGGGGACGCGCUCUGCGCUGCGUAACGUCGGCAUGCGGAGCGGGCGGCUCGGUAUGAGCGUUUUUCAUGGAGGCGGAAGCGGGUCGGCGACGCCCCAGCCGCAGGGGGCGGGCGGGAGGGGCGCGGAGCUGGAUCAGAGCUAUCUGGGUAUGAUACCGCCUGCGCGGUUUAUCAAGUCGCGUCCGGCCGCGCCGACGAUGCACGAGUACCCAUCCCCAGAUACCAUCGCCGCCGCGGCACCCACCAAGACCGCGCUCGUGCCCAUCCGCGUCGAGUUCGAAACAGACACGCUGCGCGUGCGCGACUGCUUCGUGUGGAACCUGCACGAGACGCUGCUCAAGCCCGAGGCGUUCGCGCGCGUGUUCUGCGCCGACCUCGAGCUGCCGCAGACGUACGCGGAGACGGUCGCUGCGCAGAUACGCGCGCAGCUCGAGGACGCGGGCGACGUGGCUGCGAUUGAGAUGGAGGAUGACGAUGCAUUUCGGCCGCCGUUGCCUGUUGAAUCUAUGGAGAGAGGGGAGGGAGGGGAGGCGGAUGUGGAGAUGGUGUGGGGCGAGGUGAUGGAUUGCCGUGUUAUCCUCAGUCUCGACGUCCAAAUAUCAAACUACCACCUCCUCGACCACGUCGAAUGGGACCUCCGCUCCCCGCUCACACCCGAAUCCUUCUCCCAGUCGCUCUGCGCCGAACUCGGCCUCGGCGGCGAAGCCGUGCCCUUAAUCGCACACGCCGUGCACGAGGAGCUCCUCCGCCACCGCCGCGACGUGCUCGACUGGGGCGUCCUCGGCGGCAUACCCGAUCGCGAGGCUGUGGCGGCGGCGGCGGCGGCGGCGGCGGCGCGGGAGCAGACGGAGGAGCUGGGCGCGCAGCCGGUGCUGCCCGCUGGUGCUGGUACGACGGUGAACGGGACGCCGCAGCCCGAUGUCGCUGUCGCUGCGACCGCAGAACGGGAGAAGGAGCGCGAAAGAAAGGAGAGGGACAAGUCCGGUCUUGGCUUGCUCAAAGAUAAAACGGGCCUCGGGUUAGGGCUGGGCUGGGGCCGUGCGCCGCGCGACGGGCGCGGGCCGAGGGCGCUGAGGAGCGUGUGGCGGGAUUGGGCGGAGGCGGACGAGUUCAGGACACGGUUUGAGGUGCUUACGGCUGAGGAGGUCGAGAGGCGGGAGGUCGAGAGGGAGCGGGCGAGUCGACGGUUGCGGAGGGAGACGAGCAAGUUCCAGAGCACGCGGACGCGGCGGCGGUGAACGUGUUUUCAUCGACAUCGUACGCUUGCUCCCGCUCUUUGCUGUGCGGGCUGCCGCUCGGCAAUUCGUCAUACCGACAUCGGGUGCGUGCAGGCUAUUCUUAGGGCUGCGGUGCUCCUCUUCGAGGUCUAGGAAUGCGGGAUGGGCUAGCUGGUAUAUGUACACGUGCGCGCUAACGGAGAGGUGCCGGAAGCCUACUAAUCAUCUUACUAUACUUCUUUCUUUCUUUCUUUCUUUGUUACAUUGCACCGGAUUUGCAUCCGUCGGGUUGAUCUCUCUGAACACACUCGCCGAAUUACAGCAUUUCGACGUCAAUGGGUAGCUGACGAUGUGUAUCAUGUAUCAUAUCGUGAAUGCUUUCGGCAGCUGUAUUAGGUGUAGGGGGCCACCUGAGGCCGAAGCCGGUUCACGGUAACGUAUGUGUAAGCGCGAUCUCGAGAUAGUCC